CCCUCCCGUCUCUCGACCGUUAGGUUGCCGUCAUCUUCACUGAUCCACGCAGGCAGUAGCCUACAGUAGUCUAGAGAGAGAGAGAGAGAGAGAAAUCUCUGAGCAGUGUUAGAGAGAGAAAGAAAGAGAUUUCUUGUGAGAGCUCUGAACUGCUUCUUCUUCAUCAUUAACUCCUACGCAUUUGAAAACCCUCAGUUUGAUUUUUCUAUAUAUAUGAAAAAAGAGCCAGAGUGAGAUUCUGAAGAAACCCUAGAUUUGUGUCUAUAAUGGCGGCCACUUCGCUUGGCGGCUUGCAAGAUCAUCUCAAAUUGGCGAGAGAGUACGCCCUUGAAGGCCUCUACGAUACUUCCAUUAUCUUCUUCGAUGGUGCCAUUGCUCAGAUCAACAAGCAUUUGAACACACUUGAUGACCCUUUGGUUCGUGCGAAAUGGAUGAAUACAAAGAAAGCUCUUACAGAAGAAGCAGAGGUUGUGAAGCAGUUGGAUGCGGAGAGAAGGGCUUUCAAGGAGAUUCCCUUGGGUAGACGACCCUCUUCGCCUCCAAUUUCUACUAAAUCCUCAUUUGUUUUUCAACCGUUGGAUGAGUACCCAACUUCAUCUGGUGCUCCAAUGGAUGAUCCUGACAUAUGGAGGCCGCCUACUAGAGAUACUGCAAGUAGAAGACCCACAAGAACAGGUCAAAUGGGUACGAGGAAGUCACAACAAGAUGGAGCUUGGGCUCGUGGUUCCACAAAAUCUGGGACAACUGGUCGUGGAGCAAAGGCUGGUGGUUCUAGUAAGUCAAACUCGGGAGUCCGAGCUUCUACCACUGGGAAGAAAGGGACUGGCUCAGGGAAAUCUGGCAAGGGAGAUUCAGCGAAUGGUGAUGCUGAAGAUGGGAAGUCCAAACGUGUGCAGUACGAUGGUCCUGACGCUGACUUGGCUGCAAUGCUCGAAAGGGAUGUCUUGGAUUCCAGCCCUGGAGUGAGGUGGGAUGAUGUAGCAGGAUUGACUGAGGCAAAAAGACUUCUAGAGGAAGCUGUUGUUCUUCCUUUAUGGAUGCCUGAAUAUUUUCAGGGAAUUAGGAGACCAUGGAAAGGUGUUCUUAUGUUUGGCCCUCCUGGCACUGGAAAAACACUUCUGGCUAAAGCUGUCGCUACUGAGUGUGGUACAACAUUCUUCAAUGUUUCUUCUGCCACUUUGGCUUCGAAAUGGCGUGGUGAGAGUGAACGUAUGGUGCGGUGCUUGUUUGAGCUUGCAAGAGCUUAUGCUCCAAGUACAAUAUUUAUUGAUGAGAUUGAUUCUCUCUGCAAUGCCCGAGGGGCUUCAGGAGAGCAUGAAUCAUCAAGAAGGGUGAAGUCUGAACUUCUAGUUCAGGUGGAUGGUGUAAAUAAUUCUUCCACCAAUGAAGAUGGUAGUAGCAAAAUAGUGAUGGUUUUGGCUGCUACUAAUUUUCCAUGGGAUAUAGAUGAGGCACUGAGGAGGAGGCUGGAAAAGCGAAUAUAUAUACCUCUUCCAAAUUUUGAGAGCCGUAAGGAACUUAUACGGAUCAAUUUGAGAACUGUUGAGGUGGCUCCUGAUGUAGAUAUUGAUGAAGUGGCUCGUCGAACAGAGGGAUACAGUGGAGACGAUCUCACGAAUGUUUGCCGUGAUGCCUCUUUAAAUGGAAUGAGGCGUAAAAUAGCAGGGAAGACACGCGACGAGAUCAAAAACAUGUCCAAGGACGAUAUUUCGAACGACCCAAUUGCCAUGUGUGACUUUGAAGAGGCCGUGACCAAGGUUCAACCUAGUGUUUCUGCAGCAGAUAUUGAACGGCAUGAGAAGUGGUUUUCAGAAUUUGGAUCUGCAUAAACAUGGGCAAGUGAUACCAUAACUUAAAAACAAUCUUUUUUUUUUGUUUUUUCAUGAUCUAUCCACCUGGAUGAUAUUUUUCUUAUUUCCCUUUUUUUUUUUGGCUGUUUCAGCAGUGUUGAUUGAGGUUCAAGUGUUGCAAAGGUCUCAUAUUGUUAUUCUUCUUAACCACAAAUGUAUCAUGUUUUGCAGAACUUUCAAUUCAUUGUAUUUGUAGCAACUUUCCGUUCUGUGUUUGGAACAAAACCACAUUGUUUUGCAGAUCUACAUUACGGUGUUUCACUCUUUGAUUUGUGAAGGAACUUGUAUUUGUGAAGGGAAAAAGAAAUCUGAAUGUGAAGUAGAAGCUAUUAAAUUAAUUUUUACAUUCUUUU